UGACCGUGGCCGCCCUGUGUCUUGUUGGGUGGGCGUGGUGUGAUGAUGGGAAAAAGUGCCCAAGCACCGGCGGAAGUGCUGAAGGGAGGGUAUAGCAUAAGCAAAGUGGGCAUUGAUGUUUUCUCUGUGACAGCGCGAACAUUGUGACGUAUGUAAAGCGUAUGUGUGUGUGUUUGUGUACGUGCGUCGUGACUGUUUGUUGGAAUGUGUGCUGGGAUCAGCGAUUAUAGUAGAGGGUUCCUUUUGUGAUGUACCUGCAGCGCAGGAACCAACCGGUUAUCGGAGAUGUUCGAUCAAGGAAGCAACCGAAAGCUGUUUUCAUAGCAUUCCCAAACCACGAAAUAAUACCAUUGCAAAAAAGGCUGAAAUAAGCGAUUAACCGUCACCACCAUAUCGUUUGACACAGGAAGUGCUCGGGGGACGGUUUGUUACGUUGGACGUGAGCCCGUCGUGCGUGUGCAUGUAUGUGUAUGUGUAUGCGCGGGCGCGCUCUUGUGUUUGUGUGCUGCAUCUCUUGAACGGUACAUUCGAAACCGCACAUAUCCUCGACAACCAAGCAACCAGGGCAAGCGCCCAACAAAAAAGAAGAAUAAAAAAUCAACGUUGUUCUUUCCGGGUAGGGAUGAAGAAGAAGGAUAAAGUCCAAUGCAAAAAAAAAAACACAGCAGCAGACUCUAGCACCAACUGUCAGUUCGUUGUCGCAAACGUCAAGAUCCUUUCGCUGCAAUUGGAGCUGCUUUGGUUUAGUUCGAUCUCUCGUUAAGCCAAUUUCCGUCAGUAUUUUUAUUCGUUUCAAACGAAUUUUUACUGCGGCAACAAAGACGUCUCCAGUUCAAGUGUAGCGGUGUGUGUCCUGAUUCCCUCCCACCCCAAUGCACGUACUCGCUAAUAAACAAUAACACAGCACAAUCUCACGCGAGCGCGCAGAGUACGGUUGAGCUGCAGCGGCACCCUGUUUCCUUGCGCCAGAGCGAGAAGCCAACAGUGUGCGUGCAGCCUGCGUGUCGAACCUGCUCCAGCGAGUGGGUGGGCGUGUGUGUGUGUGCGUGCGUUCGUGCGUGCGUGCGCGUUCCUGUAUCCUAGUGUGCUGCGGAGUGAAAAACAACCUGUCAAACUAGGACGACCUCUCUCCCCUGCGGGUUCCAUUCGCAUCAUCUUCUGAGUGAAAGCAAGGGAGUGUUUUGGAAGUUAAAUUGUGUCCCUUGUUGUAUGUGCGUGUGUGUUAGUGAAGCAAAACAGUGACCGGAAGCGGCCAAACGGGAAAGCUCCCGGUCGGAGAAGAGUUCCUGCCUAUCCCAUCAAAAGGACACUGCAUCUCGCAUCUCGUGUCUUGAGGUCCAUCAUCCGCCCAGUUUCAGCACUGCCUGCUGUACGCGUCCCACUGCCCGGGCGUGCCACAGGGUGUAGUGAGAGGAACCACUACACCUUGCCUCCUCCGGGGGUUCCGGUCGGUCCGGCACGAUGGCGUGCCUGAAUACGCUGAAGCUAGAAAUCAAAACGCUCGAGCAGGUCUUCCCCAAGAACCAUGAACGGUUCCAAAUCCUUAACGCCACGGUGGACGAGCUGUGCUGCCGUUUCAUCGGGCGCAACGGCAAGCAAUACGUAAUCCAUGCCAACAUUACGGAAACGUAUCCAUCCACGCCACCAGUAUGGUUCGCCGAGAGCGAAGACACAAGUAUUAGUAACGCUGUACAAAUACUUACGAACACGAAAGGUUUAGAUAAUCACGUUAUAAAUCAGGUACACAUACUGCUGCGCGAACUCUGCCGGCAGCAUACGGUCCCACUACCUCCCGAUCUGGAAACGCUGAAGAAAGCCUUCCAGCCGAACGGUGGCGCAGCCGGGGCACACCUACACCCAGCCGCCCAGCUCCACCAGCACGGUAUGUCACCUCAGCAGCUUCUUCCGGCGCACCAGCAACACCAGCAACUGCAGCUCCAGCAGCAGCAGCAACAGGCGAUCGACGAGAUCGACUCCGACUGUGAUGAUAUCGAGGACGUGGUCGGCGACAGCGACCAGGAAAGCGAAGGCGAAGAGGACCUGCCCCUCGAGAUGGACGAUGGCCGUAGCACGGCAAAGAAAGACGAAAUGGAGGUAGAACACCUAGCAACACUGGAAAGAUUAAGACAAACGCAACGGCAGGAUUAUUUGAAGGGUUCGGUGUCCGGCUCGGUCCAAGCAACGGAUCGACUGAUGAAGGAGCUGCGAGACAUUUACCGGUCGGACUCGUUCAAAAACAACAUGUACUCGAUAGAGCUGGUGAACGACUCCAUCUACGAGUGGAACAUCCGCCUCAUGUCGGUCGACCCGGACAGCCCGCUGCACAACGAUCUGGUCCUGCUGAAGGAGCGCGAAGGCAAGGACAGCAUACUGCUGAACAUCAUUUUCAAGGAGACGUACCCGUUCGAGCCACCGUUUGUGCGUGUUGUGCAUCCAAUCAUAUCCGGUGGUUACGUACUGGUCGGUGGUGCCAUCUGCAUGGAGCUGCUCACGAAGCAAGGCUGGAGCUCGGCUUACACCGUGGAGGCGGUCAUCAUGCAAAUAGCGGCCACACUAGUCAAGGGCAAGGCGCGAAUACAGUUCGGACCCACCAAGUCUCUUUCCCAGGGCCAGUACAGCUUAGCUAGAGCGCAGCAAAGUUUCAAAUCGCUCGUGCAAAUCCACGAAAAGAACGGAUGGUUUACACCCCCCAAGGAGGAUGGUUAAGAGUUGGGAGAGGGGAGGGCAAACGCCGUUCCACGAUGCUGUUGCAGCGCUUCGCUUCCGUGCUCUGUUGUUGAUGCUGUAGUGUAGUAGUAGUUGUCAGCGUCUUAUAACAGUGAAACACGACCGAAAGCAACGGCAUCGCGCUAGUUCUUCUAACAAUAAUCGUUCGUUCUUUAAGCUUUUAGGUUCCUAGACUUAAGUGUAGAUGCGAGUACGAAUGGAGAUGGGAUGAUUCUAGAGCGAUACGGAUGAAUGCGUCUAUCAAAAUUGCGUGCGUGCGUGCGUGCGUGAACGUGCUUGUGUUAUGUUUGUGUGUAGAAAACUUCGGAAAGAUCGAAUGCGCGUGAAUGGGGUAAAAACACUCUCGAAAGCAAAAGGGAUCGGUAGAGUGGGCUAGUAACGUAUGGGGGAAGUCGGGGGAUAGCUGCAGAACUUCACAGAGAGAGAGAAACGCUGGAAGAAGCCACUUUAAAUAAGCUUAGUAAAUAGGAAAUGGUGAGAUACUGUUUGAGAAUUCGCUUCAGAAAGAAGGAUUUAGAAAAGGGAGAGAAAGAGAGCGGAGUGUUAGUAGAGCACAUUUUCAACCUUUUGUUCAUAUACUAUCUACACAACCAAACACCAUUCAAUAUUCAGCACCGCCGUACACUCAACAAUCACAACACACACACACAGCAGUGAAAGAUCUUCUUCUUAUCAUAAAGUAUAUUUUAAACCAGCAUCUCCUAUAGUAGGGAAGUGAAAUGGAUAGGAAUUCGGGCGGAAGAUACCGAUCGGCACUAAAAAAAAAUGCGCAUGUGCAUACAGACGGGCAUUCUAUAACAGUUCUGUUUAUUCUUUGUACUGUAAUUCCCUACCUGACUCUGCACUGAAGGUGUGAACUACGUGCAGAAUUAAAUUAAAACACAUCUUGGAACCGCACUAGAAGCUCGUGUUGUAAAAUUGACUGUAGUGCAGCAAAAUAGGGGUACAACUAGUUUAAUGUCGACCACACGACGACAUGUGGUCGACAUACUGACCGGUGAUACAACACGCGUUGAGCAGGAAGGGGAUUGAAUGGAGAUCCAUUGAAUUGUUGUUCCUUCAAUAUUUUCAUUCAUAGCAAACCCGAAGAUCGGUAGCAAUGGUUCGUCCUUUUCUCUGAUCUGACACAAAGGGGCAGGGGAAAAAUUCAAAAUGAUUCAAAGCUUCUCCUCGCACUUCCGCCAACAAUCAUAAGCUGAGCUGCCGAUCACACCAGUAUAGACUGAAAGGAGGAAGUGUGCGCUUUGCUGUGUUCUCCGGUGUGGUGGAACGUUACGUUUGCCGUGUACAUGUGGAGCUCUUCAACGAAUAUCUUCCAUCUGUUUGCCGUGCGCAAUCUCACGAUCGAUAAAGCGAGUCAAGAGAAGUCUGUCGGCCGGAUCAGACAGACCUAAAUGCAACGAAUUAUAGUUUGUUUUACCUGCUUUUCAUUCUGCUUUCUUUCUGUAGACGAGCAUAUGAGAAUGGAAACUAAAACACGAGCGCGCUCAACAUCAUCUGUCGAUUCGUUAAAUGGAAAUACACAAGUUGAAUGGGAUUCAAUACGGUGUAUGCUAUGGUUUGUUAGUUUUUUCGCUCAAAACCCGAACCGAACAAUGAAACACAAACACCCUCACAACUCAACUUUUAAAACUCAAAAUAGCAAUCAAACAAAGUGCACUCUAGGAGAAUAGCGAUAAUGCAUGGCUCUGCGUGGGUGUGCGCGGGGAAAGAUGUGGAGAAAGAUCUGACCUGGUGUUCGGUAUGGGAAAGGAAUAACACACACACAAUCCGUUGUUGGGUCUUUUCCCUUUCCAGGAGGCCGAGAAAAAAAGGGGAGUUAGUGUAAGAUGAUAACUAAAACGCCCGACCGGAGGGAAACUAGCAAGGCAGACGAAAACACGUAAUAUGUACAGAAUAUGGCAAAGAAAAAGUGAAAAAAUUAUGCAAAAUUUGCAGACAGUGUUUUAGUAGUAGCCUGCUACACGGUGUGAGGAGGAAAGGGGAGACUGCGCAGUGUAAGGGAAAUCCCCACAAAUUGUUUUAUAUAAAUCUUAAAGGGAAAACGCGGAAUGGAAAGAAGGAAGAAAAAACAGAAACAACAUUAUUUUAGACUCUUCGUGUUCUGCUUCCUUCCUAAUGGGUUCCAUCGGACUGCUGUGACAUAUGUAAAAUAGAAAAGUAAUUAAAAGAAGAAGAAAACACUGCAGAAACAGCAACCAAUCUUAUUUAGAAACAUUACGAAGAGAGAAGGUGGCCACAGCCCAGGGGAGGGGGUUUAGUUCGAAUCAGCGGGGGAAAGAGAAGAACAGAAACACAUUCUCCCUAUUAAGAGAAGAUACAAAAAAGGCAGCAGCAAAAAGGACGCCGCGCAAUAAAACACGCAAAAGAGCAAGGAGGGUAUUCGCAUUCGAUGCGUGUUUGAGCGCCCGCGCGCUCGCGCAGCUAGAUAUUGCUCUCGCGUGCACGUUUGUGUGAGAAUGGAAUGUGCGAGUGAAAGUAUGUUAAGUCGAGGUCAGCGUGGAGAAAAGUUAAGAGUAAUAAAAGAAAAACAAACAAUAGUUUAUAUAUAUAAUUAUAAA